AGGAGCAUUUGCUUGUAUUUUUUCACUGGCAGAAGAAUUGCAGUAGGAGUAAAUGGACUGAUCUUGAGGUGAUGAUCCCUGCUACUACAUCCAUUUUCCUCCCUGCCCUGGAUGCAGUUCUAAAGUCCCUCCGAAGAGGCAUCUCUUGCCUGUCCACGGACUUCAAUUGCAGCCAAAUCCCAGAUGCCCUGAAUGAUUCAGAAGUGAAUGCCUACAGUCUGGUGGACAUGGCUCCAUUGACCCCAACCGAUCAGACAAUGUUGAACCUCCCAUAUCCAUUCCCGACAGCGGAUGUGCCGGCUCAUGCUCACUAUACCAUUGGGGCUGUUAUUCUUGUAGUGGGAAUUACAGGAACCCUUGGUAACCUCCUGGUCAUCUAUGCUUUCUGCAGGAGCAGAGGCCUUCGGACUCCCGCCAACAUGUUCAUUAUCAAUCUGGCUGUUAGUGAUUUUCUAAUGUCCAUCACUCAGUGUCCGAUUUUCUUCACCAACAGCCUCAACAAACGGUGGAUAUUUGGUGCAAAAGGCUGUGAGCUGUAUGCAUUCUGUGGAGCCCUCUUUGGCAUUGCUUCCAUGAUCACCUUAACAGUGAUAGCCCUGGACAGGUAUUUUGUGAUUACGCGGCCCCUCGCCUCCAUUGGAGUAAUGUCUAAGAAGAAGGCUUUGCUAAUCCUAUUAGGAGUCUGGCUGUAUUCCCUAGCUUGGAGUCUCCCCCCUUUCUUUGGAUGGAGUGCUUAUGUUCCAGAGGGGCUCUUGACUUCUUGUUCCUGGGAUUAUAUUACCUUCACCCCAUCAGUCCGUGCCUACACGAUGCUCCUCUUUUGCUUUGUAUUCUUCAUUCCUUUAAUAGCCAUCAUAUACAGUUAUGUAUUCAUUUUCAGAGCCAUCAAGAAUGCAAACAGGGCUGUUCAAAGAAUCAAUUCUGACAAUAGUAAAGAAUCUCAAAAACUCUACCAGAGGAUGAAGAACGAGUGGAAAAUGGCCAAAGUAGCCUUGAUUGUGAUCUUGCUUUAUGUCAUCUCCUGGUCUCCAUAUUCUGUGGUAGCUUUGGUGGCUUUUGCAGGAUACUCUCAUCUCCUCACGCCUUACAUGAACUCAGUCCCUGCGGUGAUUGCCAAGGCUUCUGCCAUCCACAACCCAAUAAUUUAUGCCAUUGCUCACCCCAAAUACAGAAUGGCGAUUGCAAAGUUACUACCAUGCCUUGGAUCUCUGCUAAGAGUUUCCCGUAAGGACUCCAGAUCUUGCAGUUACCCCUCCACCAGACGUCCCACUGUCACCAGCCAGUCCUCUGAUAUAAAUGGGAUGCCAAGAGGACACCGAAGGUUAUCUUCUGUCUCAGACAGUGAAUCUGACUGGACUGACACAGAAGCUGACAUCGGUAGCAUGAAUUCCAGAGGCACUAGUGGGACAGUUUCCUACAAAAUGGGUGAAGACACAGCUGAAACCAAUGACAUCAAAGUCAAAUCUAAACUGAAAAGCCACGAUUCGGGGAUUUUUGAAAGGACUUCCGUGGAUGCAGAUGACAUUUCUAUGGUGGAGGACUUACCCUUUGGAGCCUAUAACUAUGAAGAUAGUCUGACAGGUGAAGAUCUGAAUGUUUUUGGAUGGCGAAGGGAAAAUUCUUAUUACAAGCCAUCUGCUUCAAGCCAGAUACCCAGCAUCAUUGUGACCUUCAGCAAUGUCCAGAGAACAGACCUGCCUUUGGAGACCAGCUCUGGUGCCUUGUGCUCCAGGAUCAGUGGCUAUAGCUGGGAAAAAGACACCAAUAACCCACUUGAGUGGCUGUGCCAGGGUAGUGCCUUAGCUCCUACUUCUGAAAGAAACAUGUGCCAGCUCAGUGUGGAAAACCUUGCAAGACAUCUUUGAAAUGGGCAGUUCCAUGAUUGGAUUGGAGAAGGACAAUCCCUUUUCCUCUAAAGAUAUGAAACCUGUUCUCUAAAGCUAGAAGAAGUAAAAGAAGCUAACACUUCAGCUUCUUAUGGUAGUUUGUUUGCUACGUCAGUGUUGAUUCCACUCUUACCUUCAGUAAAACAAUAUUAUUUUUUGGAUUUGUAUGGUUUCAGGCUCUGAUCAGAGGCUUGUGGAGAUAUAGGUAACUAGAAACCCCAUGGCCUCUGGAUGCAUCACCCUCCAUGCAUCCAUUGCUUUCUCCUGAACCUCAAGUCCCACCUUGCAGUAUGAUCAGCAACAGACUUCUGUCAGACUCUACUCCUUACACACCUUAUGGAUAUCAGCUACAAGGCCAGUGCAAGAAAUCCUGUUUCUUGGAGUAAAGGACAAAAUGGUAGUUACAUUUCAACACACAUAGAGAUAAAAAAAAAAAACCACCACACACACAAUAUAGAAACUGAUAAGUGGCAGCAUAAGCUUGAUUCAACAUGAGGUGUUGGGAGUUGAUGGAAAAAAGCUAAGACAGGGUAGAAGACAGGACACAUUUUUAUACACUACCACCUGCUGCCUGAGGAGGCUGCCUUAGUCUACCUAAUGGUAGGGCCAGCACUGCCAGCUGUUCACUCCUUUGUGUGGCUCAGGAGUGGAUCAAAAAUGGGAUAGAAGAGCUAAUGUUUUUACAAGUGGAGGAUGGCUACUGAAAAACUCCUGUUGCUUUUCACACAGGGAAAGAGGAAGUUUAAAGCAUCCCUUCGUGUUUGUCCCUUCCAUCUUUUCUCAGUUGAAAAAUAUGGUCCCAUUUUUUUAAAAAAAUUGCUGAGAAAGGGGCCCAUGUGUAUGUUUGUCUUCAUAUAUGUAUGCUCUUGCAUUGACUCUGCAGUCAAGUGAUGGUGUGCUUCUUCCUGAUGUUUUUAUAAGGCACCCACUGUAUCUUUUCAAUAGGAAAAAAAUAGCAGAAAAGAAGUAAUGAGAAAGAAGUUUCCCUACCUAGUUGUUUUAAAGUAGGCCAUGUCUAUGGGAGCAGUGCUCCUUUGCCCCAUGUAUAUCACAUCCCCACAGUUUUCCUGCCAAGAGUACUACAAGCAGAGGUAUGAGAUAAUCUGCCUGAAUGUGGGUUCACAUAUGACCAUUGUGUGGAUAGUCUAUGCCUCUGGAUCACAUUUACUCAUGCACAGAUUACACCUGUCAGGCACCAGGUCCCUAGCCAUCUCCAUGGUAGAGACAGCAGCCUUCCCCAUUUGGAUGCCCUCCUGGGUUCCCUAUGGACUCUCAUAAUCUCCCAUAAUCUACAAAGCUAGCCUAAAUGCUCAGAUGCUCAGAUACUGUUCCUAUAGCCAGAGCAGCUGCCCUGGAAGUUCAGAAGGAUCACGUAGUGAUUAGUCAAUGUCCUGAGUGGUUUUCCACAACCAUAAGAUACACAGACAUAGAUGGACCUUGUAGCUCUAUAGGAAGCAAUGACAUAGGAUAGAAUUCAUGAUGCACUAUAGCUCAGUGGUAGAGCUAGAGAGACUAUGUUGUGUCAUGCUUUACAGAGGAUGGUGUUCUAUUUGAAGGUCAAUCCAGACUAUUAUAAGCAUGGUUUAAAGAAAGGUUAGCAGAGAUCUUGAAAUUCUCCAUCAGUGGCUAGCUUCUGUACAGCAAACUGAGUAGGCUCCUGGUCAUAGUUUUCCCACUACAGUGAUAUGACUGUGUGCAUUUAUUUAAACUAUGGGAAUCUUUUCCAAAUUUGCAUCUCUACAUGUGAAUUAGCAUACUCUUUUUGUCCCCUUUUGUGCACAUACUGACAGCCUCGAACCCAUGCUUUGAUUGCUGAAGGUCCUUGCUUCAAUCUCGCAUCCUCCACUAGGGCUAAGAAGAUCUCUGUUUUAAACACUAGAGAGAGACUCUCUAUCAGUGCAGAACAGCUUUUCCCUAGCCUGGUGCCCUCCACAUAUAUUGAGUAUAGAUCCCAUCAGCUUGUGGAUGCCAAGUGUAGUCAACAGUAAGCUGAAUGGACAAAUGAUCUGACUCAGUAUGAGCUAUAUUUCUAGUCCUGAUUCCCAAAAUCAGAAGAAUAUGUGGUAUCUGUAUCCUACCUUGAACUUUUCUCCUUCAGCCAUCAGCCUUGCAUGGAAGUGGUGCUGUAUAUUGCAAGCCUUCUUUCAGCCCUAUAGUAAUCGUUGCCAAUUCAAGGGUAAGGCCCAGAUGGAUAGUACUGUGUCUGUAGUUAGUAGCAUAAGUGGCAGUGGACUUAGUUCUUUCUGAAUGGAAGCAUGGAUAACUAUUCUGCCAUUAUCAGAGAAAGACUAUAAAGUGCUUGUCUGGUUUCCUAGUGGUGAGAUACUUUUUUUUAAUGGCCCAUAUACAUAUCAAUCCACUCGUACAUCAGUUCCACAGGGAUGGAUUUCAUUGGUAGUGCUUAUUGGCAUCCAUCUACAGUCUCUUCAUGACACAAUGUACUCUAGCCAUAGUGUGGGGAAUCCAAACCCAAGGCCUAAAAUAGGUCAGCCGCCUCAAUUGCAUUAGCUGCUUCGAAUGCAUUUUGUAGAGAGGCGGGAUAUAAAUAAAUUUUAUUAUGUAUUAUUAUUAUUUUAUUAUUAUUGUCUAUCAUAGUGACCAAUGACAAUAGUGGGAAUAGAUCCAUCAUGUGAAGGCUAUUUCAAAAGGUCUCAGUAUUAUAACUCCAAUAUGUAUUCUGGGCUUCUCUCACAAAUAGGUCAAGACAUGAAACUGUGUUGUGCUGGGAACUUGAAGCCUAAGGGAUGAAUGGGGCUGUUCAGUCUUUGGGUGACUACCACUCAUGUCUGGGCUGUGAGGGAACUAAAAAAACCCAGUGAAAUCAAACACAAAAAAUACCUUGACAAAACAAGGAUAAAACUAGUGAUGUUGUAUUUCCUGCCCCAUAAAAAAGCUUCCAGGUCAAGCUUUCUCAUGGGCCUGAACAACCAAGGGGUUUUACAGCUCCAUUCUCUGUGAUGGGGUCUACCCUCCUUCCUCCUCUACUCUUGAAAGUUACAGAGGUUCUAUCUGAUAGAAGGCAGGGUCAGGAAAGCAAAAGGCCCUGUACAUUUUUGUAAUUGGGACUGAGUUAUUCAUCAUGUACCUGAGAUGUAUU